CAACACUUGCUCAAAGAGUUGAUACACAAAAGCGAAAAUGACCGAAAAUACCAUUCAUAAGCAAUCAUUCUCCGUCGAUGACCUCACUGUUCGAAGCGUGACUAUUUACCCUUCUCGCGCAGCCAUUGUUAGGGAUAUUAAUGAUGUUACAAUUAAGCCGGGGAGAAAUGAGAUCACCAUUUACAACCUCACCCCGCAUGCCGAAGCCGACUCGAUCAAAGUCGAAGGACACAAUACCCCGGCACUCAUCACGGACAUGGCGGUGGACUUGAUCCCUAACGCGAAAUAUGACGAGCAUCAAUUUGACGAUCAUUCCGACAGCGACACAUCAUCGGAAGAGGAAGAGACGUCUCCGGAAUUGCAAGCUUUGGAAGCUCAAUUAAGAGAGUCGACCCAGCAAUUAGCACGUUAUCAAGAGACCGAAGCAUCGUGCGUUCAGCAGCAAAAGUACAUGGACACCUUCAUAAAAACCUGGGCUGAGAAGACCACCGUCGCCCCGUCGGAGACUAUACGUAAAGAAUUGAAAAAUUAUGCAUCUACCCGCCAGGAAACCUACGAUAAGAUAGUGAACGCCAAAGGUUGUAUAGCGGACGUAGAAACCGAGCUGGGAAGGCUCAGAAAGGCACACGAAAAGGUGAAAGCCCGAUGGGAGAAGGCGCUUCGAAAGAAGAACGCCAUGAAAACGGAGCGUCGACGACAAAAAGAAUUCGCGAGGAAAGAGCGCAAAGAGCAGAAGCUGUAUACCCCAGAGAAAGUUUACCGCGUCAAGAUCACGGUGGAAUUGGACAGCUUACCGAAAGAAACCAAGUCCGUUCCCACCACAAUUGACACCGGAAGGCCCGCACGCGCGGAGGACGACAAGCCACCGGCCAACGACGGUGGGCCAAGUUUGCGUAUUUCAUACAUCACUGGAGGAGCGUCUUGGGUUCCCCGGUAUGAUAUCCGCCUGGAUACGACAUCGAACGCAGGAUCCAUUUCCUACAGGGCCCAUUUCUACAACAAAACCGGCGAGACCUGGCGGGAUGCUAAAAUAACGCUGUCCACCUCACAAACCUCCUUCAACGGGAUCGAAGAUAAAGCGCCGUGGAUGGAUGCCUGGCACGUAUCGCUCAAGCGGCGGGGAUAUUACGGCAGCGAGAAAGACGGUGGACUAUAUGCCGUCCCCGAACAAGAGAAGCGCGAGGAGAAGAAGGCGACGGCGAGGCGCGCAAAAGGCGAUCUCGAUCUCGUAGUCGAAUGCGGGAGUCUAAGCAUGCAGGGGCAAGAGUACUACGGCCACGGCCGCGUUCCCCCUAAUAUGGAAAGAGUCUAUCCUAGCGCCGCGGUAGUAAAGUCUGCUAUUAGUGGAUCCCAGAACCGUUCCGCGAGAAGAGGCAUCUCCUUCGGCGGUGGUGCUAUGCUCAGUCGUAGUCGGAGCCUGAGCAAAUCCCCCGCCGUCUUGGAGAACCCGUACUCCAGCGACUCCAGCGAUCCCGGCGACGACGGCGAUGACGACGACGCAUCCACAGUGCUGGACGCCCCAUCGAACAAGAUGGGCAUCGCAACGAGCACGUCGGAAACCCACGGACUAACAACGACCUAUGACCUCCCGGGAAUCCGAACUGUCGUUUCGUCGAAGCAGCUGUCCCGCUACAUUAUCUCCGAAUUCGCCCUUCCAUCGGUGGAAUUCUCCCACCUAGCCGUACCCAAAUACCGUACCGCCGUAUUCCUCAAAGCCCGCCUUCGCAAUCCCUCCCCCACCACCCUCCUGCGCGGUCCUGCUGGUCUAACAAUUGACGGGACAUUCCUGGGCAACUCAACCGUAACCCGCUGUGCUCCAAAUGACACGUUUGAAAUCGGCCUCGGCGUAGAUGAGGAAGUGACUAUCACAUACGCCAAACCCGUCCGUCGCAUAGCCUCCGAGGGAAUGCUCGUGAAAGAGCAAGUGCUAACCUAUGAGCGAAACAUAAGUAUCUACAAUACUAGGUCCACACCCAUCACGCUAAUCCUCUUCGACCAAGUCCCCGUGAGUGAAGAGGAGAGACUGAAAAUUGCAGUUAAACGACCGGCAGUCAAGAAUGUUGGAGAUACGCUCAAGGGCGCUGCGACGAAUGUCAGGUUCUUCUCGGGCUUUGAGAUGGGUGGGAAGAAGCCGACAAGUGUGCCUGCCGGAUCUGGGGUUAAAGUAGAGCUGAGGAAGAAUGGGGAGGUUAGGUGGGAAAUUGGGCUAGAGAAGGGUGCCAAGGCCAGGGUUGGGUUGGAGUAUGAGGCGAGGAUGCCGACAGGGGAAGUUAUCCAUGCGAAGAAGGGUGGAGAUUAAGCAGGUUCUUUCUUCUUUUGUUGGCGGGAGGGUUUAUUGAGCAGAAUAGAGGAGUGGGCUAGCUUGUUUGUUUCUCCUUGUCUUUCAUUGUCAUAUUCUGUCUCAGGGGGUAUAUCAUAGGAUAUCGAGAGUAAAUUGAAAUACCUGUUAUUUGCAUUACACAAUAAAUAUUCUCGCUAUAA